AUGGCACCUGGAAAGGGCGGCGAACAGGUAAAUAGCACCAGCAUUAAUUCACUUCGACCCAAUGAACUCGAUUUCGAAAAUGCGGGCAUCAAACGUCAUGCUGAGCUCGAAAAAAGAGUAAUGCGAAAAAUAGACUUCUGGCUCGUUGGAUUUUACUCAUUCGUAUACAUCUUUCGAGUCAUCGACUCGAGCAACUACUCCAACGCUGCCAUCAUCAACCUUGAAGCCGGAACGGGGAUCAAAAAAGAGCUUGGUUUCACCCCUUCGCAAUGGGCCUGGACCCAAUCCAUCUUCUCAUACAGCUACCUCGUAUUCGAACCAACCAAUACAAUCCUCCUCAAAAGCUUCAAGCCGUCGCGAUGGAUGUUCGUCCUUAUUAUGUCCUGGGGAAUUUGCGCAUGCUCAGCUGGUGCUGCGCAGAAUUUCCCGGGAAUGAUGUGCGUGCGAUUCGCAAUUGGAAUUGCUGAAGCAGGCUUUUACCCUGCUGUACUUUACCACAUGGCCUUCUGGUACAAGCCGUCCGAGAUGCCAUGGAGAAUCGCCCUCUUUUAUUCUCUGGGUCAAUUAGCCGGGGCCUUGAGUGGACUUCUUGCAUACGCCAUCAGCUUUAUGGAUGGGGCCGGUGGGCUUUCGGGCUGGCGGUGGUUGUUCAUUUUAGAGGGACUUCCUGCUAUCCUGCUAUCAGUUGUGGCACUGCUAGGCCUUCCAGACUACCCCGAGACCGCUCGCAUGUUAACAGAGGAGGAGCGCGAGUUUCUCAAAGACCGUCUGUCUUCUUCGGCGCCUUCUGGUAAAGAUAAAAGUUGGGACUGGGACGCCAUUAAGGUGCUUUUCUCGAGCCCUACGGUCUACACAUUUACGCUCUACUGGAUAGGACAUGGAAUAGGCGGGUUCGGGGUGAACUAUGCUUUGCCUACAGUUAUUUAUGAGCUCGGCUUUACUUCGACAGCUUUAUCGCAGUUGAUGAAUAUUCCUCCCUACGUGGCGUGCUUUUUAUUUCUGAACACCGUCGGGCAUGUGCUACACAAGGGAUGGAUCAGACCCUGGACCACUGCUGUCGCGAUUGAAAGCACAACAAUCGUUUGCUAUAUCAUCCUGAUCACGGUCCGAAACUCAGUCGUCAAGUAUCUUGCCUUGAUUGUAGCCACCGCCUGCGCUGGAUCUGCAUACCCCGUCAUCUGGCCAGAACGGAUUCGCGCGCUCGAAGGGACGGUGGCUGCGGGUAUUGGUAUUGGGCUUACAAAUGCCAUGGCGCAGUUCAGCGGGAUAGCUGGGCCGCAUAUAUACGACACGGUCUUUGGACCAACGUAUCGAGUGUCGUACCGUUGA